AUGAAGAAGUCACCACAAGACCUGCCGAUGCAAGUUCUACUAAAAGAGCCUUCGUACUUGGGCCCGCUGUGGCUUCCGGUGUAUGAAACACAGGCAGAAUUCGAAGCUGAACACUUCGAAACCGCCAUGAAUCAUUUGAUCCGGGAACCGAACAUCAAUUCCACAGUCAUCUUGCGUGCAGAUUUAUUGGAGCAAAUCGCGUUCGACGAAAAUUUAAAUGUAGUCACUCAUCAAACGGACGUACCCGAACUUCCGUCGUUUCCAGACCAAAACGGAUCUAUCGCUCCAAUUCUUCACCGGGAUCUAGAUGAUACCACCCUCAGGCGAGAACUUCCGAUACUGGAAGACACGGGACUCCAAUUGAGUUCUGCAUAUCUCCGGCGGAUUAUCCCCAGAAACCCUUCCAAGGAUCACAUCAUCAAUCAGACAUGCCUAUUGUUCAAAGCCACAGACUCUGUAUUGGUGGUAUAUAUACCUCAUAUUGAUAAGCAAGACGAGGUGCCAUUCUACCUUCCGCCUGUAUGUGCCGUUGGAAUUCUAUAUUGUAGGGGCAAAAUAUCCAUUCACUAUAUCCCAUUUCCAGAUGAUAAAGACCUUCUGACUCUAGAUGCUUCAGAUAGACCAGUGCGUAUCGCGCUCCGGCUUCUUCAAACGCUGGCAAAACACUCUAAAGGUGUCAAGGGGGGUUAUGAGAAGAGAGUCAAUCAUGACAUGGUGGUUCCCAGAGUUGCAUUUCAAAAUCGAUACAUUGAGCUCAAAAGAAAAUACUCCGGAGAUCUAGUUGCCAACUGGGUCGAAAGUACCGACCCAAAGAAGCAUGUGUUUGAGGAUUUGGCCGUCGCUGCCUUCUUAAUCGAGCUUUGGAAGUCGUGCUAUAAAGACAAAGAAUUCGAGUUUAGAGACUUGGGUUGUGGCAACGGACUACUAGUGCAUAUUCUAAUUCUGGAAGGGUUCAAGGGCAAAGGAAUUGAUGCUCGUGCUCGUAAAAGCUGGAAAACAUACCCUGCACUGGUCCAGGAGAACUUGUUGGAACAGAUUAUCAUGCCACAUAUUCUACUCAAGUUGCAUCCCUCUAUGAGCAAAGCUGUACCCUUUAUUGCAGGACGUCUAUUCCAAGUUCCAGAAUAUAAUAAGAAGAACUUGGAUGGAGUGCCUUUGAUCAAAUACUAUUCCUCCGAAAACCUCUUGGAAUCCCCUCAAGUCUGCACUACAGACGAGUUCCCAGCAAACACCUUCAUUAUUGGAAAUCAUCUGGACGAGCUCACUUGCUGGAUGCCCCUUCUCGGGUACCCAUUCAUGGUGAUCCCAUGCUGUUCGCACUCUCUCAGCGGUGCAAAGGUAAGAUACACUCCAAGGAAGGCAACCACAAAGCAGGCUCAGAAUCUGUCAACCUACGGAGCCCUCGUUGAUCAUGUUGAGGAUUUAGCUAACAGCAUGGGUUGGGAGGUUCAAAAGGAGAUUUUGAGAAUACCCAGCACGCGUAAUUCUGCAAUCAUUGGGCUCGAGAUGAAUGAGCAACGAAGAGAUGAGACCGCAGAACAGCGUGACAUCCGUGUCUGGGAUAUCAUUUAUGGAGAAGGAGGAGCUGAGGGUUGGGUUCAGAAUCUGUUGGCACUUAUGGCCAAGAGUCCCAAGAACCAUUAA